AUGAAUGGGGAUUUAGCAGCUGGAAAGAUGGCUUCCUCCACCGGUCCCAUGGACCCCGUUGGCAGCCUGGAGCUCCUGGAUCUCCUGUUUGAUCAGCAGGACGGCAUCCUGAGACAUGUGGAGCUGGGUGAGGACUGGGACCACAUUGAGGACCAGCAGGUCCUGCCAGGCCCAGACUCUGAUGAGUUCCUAAACUCCAUCCUGGCUUCUGGAGACUCGGUGCCCAGCUCCCCGAUCUGGUCCCCUGCAGCCAGUGACAGUGGCAUCUCUGAAGACCUGCCCUCUGACCUCCCGGACACCCCUCCACGCAGUGGGGCGGCCGCCACCCCCACCGGCUGCCAUACCACGGAGUCAGGCAAGGGGCUCUGCCCCUCCUACCAUCCGGGACUCCCCUGCCUUGCCAGUCCCCCGGGACCAGUGGCCCAAGUGCUGGAGACCUCUGUGGCCAUAGACCUGGAAAUGUGGAGCCCGGGCCUGUGUUCCGAGGAGCAGGUUGAGUUGAUGGACCAGCCUCCAUCCUGCAACCUCACGGUGAAAGAUCUUCUUCUCUCCGGCAGCGGGGCCACCGACCUGCAACAGCAUCACGUGGCAGCCCCCCACCUGCUGCGCCCUGGGGCUGACCACUGCCAGGAGCUGGUGCUGACAGAGGAUGAGAAGAAGCUUCUGGCCAAAGAAGGCCUCACUCUGCCCACCCAGCUGCCCCUCACCAAGGAUGUCAGCCUGCACUGCCCAGAACCAGGAGCUUCAGAGGAAGGUCUUGCAUCUCGAGAAGCAGAACCUAUCCCUCUUGGAGCAGCUGAAGAAACUCCAGGCCAUUGUGGUCCAGUCCACCAGCAAGUCGGCCCAGACGGGCACUUGCAUAGCGGUCCUGCUGCUCUCCUUUGCCCUCAUCGUCCUGCCCUCCAUUAG